CACACAGCUUCAGCAGUCCACCCACAUCUUCCAAUAUGCAUUUCAUUAAAAUAGUGGUUGCUGUAAUCUUGUCAGCUGUGCUCUGCCAGGCAGCAGUAGUAACUGAGAAUGGCCUUCCUAUUCUUUGGGAAAAAGCCCCAAGUCAGCUUUCUGAGCUGCCCACAGCUGACGGUGUGAUCCAGGUAAACCCAUGGGACUACCUGCAGAGGAUGGCCCUGUACAAGGUGCUGAUCAACUCCACUAACCCUUACAUGAGAUCCAUGGGCCCUGGAUCGACAGAGAACCCUAUGUGGAGUCUUCCUCUACAGCUGGGCUGGAAACUCAGAUCAGGCAGGUUGACUGACCCAACCUUGGGCAGUACCAGCACUUGUGGACUGGAAAGUUCUGAACCUGUUUGCAUCUCUCCCCAAAGCUGGUAUGCAUGUAUAAACUACUACAUGUCCGUGCUUCCAUUCCUGGCAGCAGUUCAGACUGGUAUAGUUGGAAAGGGUGAGAUUCAGGUGCACAUUCAUGUUCCGGCUGAGCUGGCUCAAGAUUACUGCUCCAGUUUCACAGAGUGCUCCACCAAAUAUCCUGAUGCCAUGACUAAAUGGCAAACAUUCUUCAAGUCUCUGCAGCAAAUGAGUGAAUCCGAGGACACAGAUUUUGACAAGAAGGACAAGAUUCUGGGACUGAUGUGGGCAGCAGAGGAGGAUUCUCAAACUGCCUCAUUUGCCUGCAGUGAAAAGCAGAAGCUGUACUCCUCUCCUGAGGUUCAGUUUGGAGAGAGCUGGCUCAACUCAGCAGCGUAUGUAGCAGCUGCUCAUUUCCACAGCAACAUUGAGAAGUCAGAGAAGUUCAUGGAUCCUUUGCCGAGUCGGGUGCUACAGGAGUCUGACAGCCCGCCAAACAUUGCCGAUCUGAGUGCUGAGGAGAACCACACACUCUACAUUUUCAGUUGGAUGACCACUGUGAACCGACUUCUUGGUGGCUCUCUAGUGAAUCUCUGGCGUGGUGCUAUGUGUUCACCCCAGGCCCGUGAGAAAGGUCAGGCCCUCCUCCACAACCUCAUACUUGACCCCAAGUUCCCUAGUUCCAGUCUGAUGUCCAUUCUGACUGAGAUGGCCACCAGCUGUUGACAGGACACAGUAUCUGUUUACAAUCUCCAGUGGAUUUAAACACUGUAUACAAUAAACGCCAGUUUCUAAAAGGUUCAUUCUUUUUAGUAGAUUUUAUAGUGAACAGCUUUUAUUAAACUGCAGGUGCUUGCCGCAACAACAAUACAUCCCAGAUGUUACCAUAACAACCAGUGUAAACAUACAUCAUUUAUAUCUUUAACUAAAUAAAAACCGAAAAAUCAAA